AUGUCCCCGCGAAGUAAUCUACGGGUUGCCGAAGGCGACCAACUUAAAAGAAACCAUGAAGAUGAUGAAGAACCAUCCGAGGAGACCGGUAUCUGGGACACAGCCGCUACGCGUCAGUGGAUGAAACCCAUUCGAUCUCAUCACUUCCGCACCGACGAUUUCAUAGCAAUGGGAUUACCAUCAGGUGCUCAGCACGAAUCAAAAGAUUCUAAUUGGCCACUGAACACUGCGGCAUUCGUGGAAACUCCUAGCGGAGUCAACCAGUGGACUCGCCCAGUUGGCUUUCUCAACGCUGUGAAGUGGUUCUGGCCGCAAGGCACGAUAGCCAAAGUUGUUGACGAUAGAGGCAUAACGCACAGCCUAACGUGGCGUAAACUCUUGGGAGUCGGCGGUAUGGGCGGUGUUCUGUUCGUUGAAGAUGAGGACGAACCGCUUACGAGCCCGCUCAAGCGUUUCGCGGGUAAGAUUAUCUACCAACAGAGCGAACCUUCCUACGAGCUAUCUCAAGCGAAAAAGUAUCUGUAUCAGAUACGGGAUGAGGAGAUCGGUGUAGCGUCGCUGUUUGAACAGGCAGCCCUGUCUUUGCACGACUGCCCACCGACCACUGCUGGGAGAAUGCGAUUUCUUUUCAAGAAGGGCUUUGUACUCCCUCAAACAAUGUUCCGGCUGGAGGGCACCACGCAGGCACCACGCUUGGGGGAUAUCGUUGAAGCUAGUCCCGAGAUAGUCGGCUCACCCGAUGGACUUUUGAUGCGGCUUGAUCCGCACGUCAUCGCCUAUCCGAUUUUGGGUCCUGACCUUGAGAACUUGGAGGUGCCGGAGUGGAACUUAAGUACUAUAACGUACACCAUAUAUAAGCUUACGCACUUGAUGGCCACGAUGCAAGAGAUGAACCUCGUCCACACAGAUGUCAAGGCAGAGAACUUCCUUGCUGGAGAUGAUGGCGAACUGUUUGUUGCGGAUCUUGCCAUGGCAGUUAAGGCGGGGCCUGCAACACUGACUCCAUGCUUCCAAGGGACCGUCUCGUAUCUAGACCCGAAAGUCGCCGCAUGUGCUGGCAGAUAUGGUUCUCAGUCGCCAACGGCCAAACGGGACGCGUAUGCUCUCGGAGUUACUUUCUAUAAGCUUCUCUGCCGCAGGAAGCCUUUUCAGCUUGAGCAGCUCGAACACGAAGCAACAGAACAGGACCAGAAACGCCAGCCAAGCUACUCCGGGGCGCUGCAUCUGCUCUCCGGUAUAUCCAAGCUUAGGAGGAAGGACUGGGUCGAACGGGAAUGCCCCAUAGCGGAUGAGAGUCUCUUGACAAUCACCAAACUCCUCCUGGACCCUCAGGAGGGAACACGGUGGACACCACUUGAUCUCGUGAAAAAAGUUCCGUUUUUCAAGCCAGUGCCCGGGAUCUAA